AUGGAAGGAAACAGCGGGCUCGAUUCCUCGUUCAACUCGCCCGUCGACUCGGGCAUCGGCGGCACCACAACCAACGGAUCCACCACUCAUUUCGGUACGUUUCGGUCCCACUCGAUCAUAGCAAACGCCGGAAUUGAGUUCAGUGCGAUCGACGAGCCGCUCGACGGACGGCACCGACUCGACCGACGGCGCCAACUCGGACAAUGUGACCGGAUCGACGGGAUCCACGCCCGCCCAUCACUCGAUCGCCACCAACCUGAACAUGGCUCUGUCGCAGCACACCGGCGACCUGUCGUCCGCCAAUCCGUUCCCGCACUUCAAUCAAGGUACGCUCCAGAGUUGAGCGGAACAACUCAACGAAAGAAUUUUUAUAUCUUUUUUAGAAAAUUUUUUCAUGAAAUGUGAUCAACUGACGAAAUGUAUAGCAAAAUGAACUGUGCUCAUAGAAAAAUAAUUGUAAAUUUAGCUUUACCGACAAAAAAGUUAUUCGAGUUGUUGCGUGAAAAAAAGGGGCUAACGGGGAAGACGGAAGGAAUAACUUUUUUGUAUGAAAAGCUAAAUUCACAAUUAUUUUUUUAUGUGCAGAGUUCACUUUGCUAUACAUUUCGUCAGUUGAUCAUAUUCCAUGAAAAAAUUUUCUAAAAAAGAUACGUUCCUGAUCGCCCUAACAUCGUUCAAUUUUCAGCCGAUCUUCUCAAUUUCCACCAAAACUCGCUGCUGCCGCAUCACAUGUUCUCGCAAUUCGGCAGAUAUCCACAGGUGGGGGCGUCCGGAACCGCGCUACUAGAGACCCGAAUCGUUAGAAAUGCAUGGCGUUCUCGUUUCAACGAGAAUUGCACUUGGAACGCUGUGAAACGCCAAUUUUUUGAGACGUGAUCCCUCCUGCACUUGACAAAAAACCAUUGUCUUUUUUCGUUCUUUCUCGCGCCAAUUCCCUCUGUUUCUAUUUAUUUCUAUCUCUCUCUCUCUCUCUCUCUCUUUCUUGCAAAACUGAACGAACAGCAGACAAAACGUUGCGGCGGAGCUCCCAGGAGUCGAGCAAAUAUAUGGAAAAGAAAAAGGGUUUGCAAAAUGCGUCUAUUUGAGAAUGUCUUCAGAUUUUUGCGUUCACCAUGAAUCUGAACGUCAGCGGUUCGAGCCCAACUCCUUUUCAUCGGAUUUUGUGCUCUUCUUGAACUGUUUGAACUUUUUUCUCUGUGUCCUUGUACUCUUUUUCUCUCUUUCUCUCUCUCUCUUUCUGUCUCGAUUUUCUGCUCAAAGCCACAGCAAUUUUUCGGCUGGUUUUGUUGACCGAACACGGUGGAGACGGAUGGGAGUUCGGCGCCCAUGUGUGUGUGUGUGCUCGAGUUUGCAAUUCAAUCGGUGUGCUCAGCGCCCCCCGAAUACCAACCCCAGAGCCUUUUUUUCGUGCUCUGAAACUGUUCGUGGUCCGAAAAGAUGCUUCAUUUCGAUAUUAAUCGCUGACCUUUAACUUUUGACUCUUCCCCGAAGUUGUUUGUCUUUGUUGCGUCGUCUCUUGACAAUUUUCGUCGAGUUCAACAUCGUUUCUCUAGCCGUGUCAGCCGACAUCACCACGCUCAACCGAUCCAGAAUUCGUCACAAACGACGACGUCGUCGUCGUUGCCUCCUGCUCCUAA